AUGUCUCCCCAUGAACACCGCCAUUUGUCAAGCGCGCGAUCGCAGUCAGUUUCUGUGCCUUCGACGGCACGUCCUACGUUGAUAAAGAAGCGGGAGUCACCAUGCUUCACAACUACUGCGCAAUUUGUGUCGCCAUCGAUCCAUGCCUCUUACGCCCGCUCACCAAUGUCCCCCUCCGCACUAGAAGCAGCGACACCCAAGCUUGGACACAGCCCUGCUCACACAGAUUCAUUGCCAGGCAGUCCAAGCAGUGUGUCAAGCACUGUGAGCGGUGUAUCAUUGCGUCGUGGCGAUACAGCAGAUACUGAAGACGAGCCUGAAGCAGAGCUCGAAGCUGUUGACGAAACGGAUGAGCUGGACUUGGAUGAACCAACUCUUGCGACGCUCGACCUCAGUGAUGAUUCUCAUGAGCACACGUCUUCCAUCUCGCAUAUCACCAACAUGUACCCACUGCCGCCGAAGCUCGUGGCUAUCCAUCCAAAGACAAACACUAAAGAUCGUGUACCCUCAAAUGAAGCACAAGCGGAGGACAACGAUUCUCGAACCAGGUUUCUUCAGAAAGGUCGCGUGUCCGAGUUAGCAGCUAUGACAAACGAUGCUACGCGAGCACAUCCACAGCAAAACCACUCUUGUGAAACGGAAAACAAAAAUCCACCAUUGCCGUCGCCACGUGGAUGGUCUGGAGAAGUUGUCGAGCCACCUCCCCCACACCCAACGGUUCUUCCACAAGACACUGUGCCAGCGGUGUCCUCGCCGCUGUGCGUGAGUUGUGAUUCGAAUAACAUGCAUGAUGGACAGGUUGGGCAGCAGCGAGCAGUGUCAGAAUCUAGAAGUGAACCAAAGAACAACUGCACUCAAAACAAAGGUGUUAGUGCUGCUGUCGACGACACGAAUGCCGUUGAAGCCCCUGAACCUCAGGAUGACUCGACCGUCACCUCUAAGACAUCCACUGCAGGCGAGGAUAUGCCACGCCCUGGAUCGAUGCCCGUGCGUCGACGUUCACGUCGUUCGUCCCGAGCCAAAAAACCUUUGAAGUCUGUCUUAUCAUCCUCGGAAGAUGAACCGUCGGGCCGGUCCCGCCGGCUUGAACGCAAGAAACAUUCCGUGCGAUUUUGUGUGGAUCCGCCAGAGGAGCGGCGUACACACAGUCCCGUUGAUUAUGAUCGAAAAGCACACCCAGUGCACAAUCACUUGUGCGGUGACGACCUGCGUGAAAUGCGGGAUCUUCACAUGUCAAUGGAUCUGCUACAGUCUCGUUGCCGGUCCAUGCACUUGCAACAACAACAACAGACCAAAGAAGGGGCGCCUGUCGACAUGCCUGCUUAUGAUGUAUGGCACACGACGGCCAUGCAUUCGCACACACCGAAGACGCCACUGCCACCAUCCGGUCCCACCUCACUUUCUGCAUGGGAACGAAAUAAAACGGAUGGCGCGCCGAGCAUACCAUGUCGAAGGAACAACAGUGGCGGGGACACAGGCUCUGAAGUAAGGAAGGAUGAUGCAAAAUCUAACGAUCCGCUUGCUGAUCUAGAAGCUGUUCGCGAGCAGCAGCGCCGUCAUACCAAUGGUGUCAUGCCUUAUGGUAGUGGUGCCACUACUGGGACUGGUCGAUUCCUUAGAAGUGCAUCGCCUCAUGACAGCUCAGCGGCAUCUGGAUUAUCGUUACCAGCACACAAUGAGUCCAGACUAGCAUCAACGCUCGCAGCAAGAUUUGGACUUAACAAGCCACCACCACCGCUUCCAGGCAUGGAGCCGAGUGGUCCGGUGCGGUCGGCCGCGAGCAGCCCUGAACCGGCCACUUCUUUACGAUCCUCGGCGAGAUCGACAUCUCCUAUUGGCUCAACACUAACAGCACAAAAGCGGGCAUCGAGGUCGGUGUCACCGCAUUCAGGCUAUGAAAGUCCCAUGCAAGACUUUGGCGAUUAUGGGAGUGAAUAUGACAUGAUGGAUGCCCAAUAA